AUGGCCACGCUUUUCUCUUACUUCACCAAAACGCCAAAAUCUAAGAAACCUUCUUCUCCAGUUUGCGGUGAAACAGCGGAGAAAGGGAAAAACCAUUCUCCUAAAGAAGGGGCCCAAGGAUUUACGCCAAUUAAUGGACAGAAAGCGAACAUAAAAGAGCGAAAAUCAGCUGGUAGAUCGAACAAGAGCGAUGAUCCGCAAGUUGAAUUGUAUGACAUUGUGUGGGCCAAACUUGAAGGACAUCCAUGGUGGCCUAGCUUGGUUUGUGAUCAUCCUACACAGAACGUUUUUCAGCAGAAGGAUAAAUGUCAUGUACAGUUUUUCGGCGAGCCACCUAGCAGAGCUUGGGUAAAGCGAAGGUAAGCCUGCUUUAAUAUUGAACAUGCAUGCUCGAGAUCGAUUGUACCUGAUGGUAUGCUAGGUUCUUAACAUGGCGACUUGGUAGAUAAUUCAUAAAACAAUGAAAGAGAUGCAUUUGCGGUCGGAUCAUUAUGUUUUUGUGUAAUCAUAAUUCCUUGCCUGUUACUUAUGGGAUUGAUUUUUUAAUCGAUCUGCACUCCACAUCAUUAGAUCGAAAGGAUCAUUUUUAGUUUACAACCCCACCCCCCUGUUGAGGACUAAUAGAGUAAUUGUUCAGAGUGAAUACGGCUAACGAAAUGAAUAAGGGGCACAUAUUAAGGUCUAUUGUCUCAAAUUAAGGGCAGCAAAAUGAACAAUUUUUGUCUUAAAACAGGGUCAUGGCUUGAAAGCCUUGACAGUACAUCAGUUAUUGUCUUGCCACACUUCCCUUGACUGCCCCCCUCCCUUGCCUGGUAUACAUCUGUAAAUGCAGACAGUGGGCACUGUCUAUUAAGAAAAUGAAUAAGGCUGAGUAUCAUCUGAAGUAUUAUGGAGAUCGAAGAGGGUGUUAUCCACCAAGGCUGUAGGCUGAGGCAGAUAACACCCUCAGAGAUCUCCAUAAUUCUUCAGAUAAUAUGAAAGCCGAAUUUAAUAAUAAUAUUGUUGUAUUAUUCAUUAAAAAUAAUUCCUAGUUUAAAAGGAAGCUAAAACAUGCUUUCCUCCGUCGAUGUUAAGUUCAUCUUCGAUAGUGCAUGUUUAUCGGCAAGUUUAGAAGAUAAAGGGUUGUUCAGUUCAGCAAAUAUUCUCCAAACAGCAGAUGUCGUCCGUUGAGUUGUCUUCUUGCUGUUCUUGCUGUGUUUUAAGCCAAAAGUUCACCUAUUUCUUCCUCUUGAAGUAAAAUAUUCCAUCAUUUUGUACUCACUACCAAAACAACUCAUCCUCAUCCCCAGGUCUUCUCAGUUAACUGUUCAGUAAUCUGGCAAUUUUGCUGCACGCUGAAAGUCAUUAUUCAGAUAUCGCCAAAUUCUUCCAAAUUUUGUUGUCAGUGGCUGGUUUUGAUGAAAUGUUAUGCGUGGGAUUUUAGCCAGUCAGAAAAAGGGAGAAAUAUUUUGAAGGAAUAUUGACUCCUCUUAUUGAAGUACUGCAGACCUACGGUAUACAGUUUUACGGAACUCUUCAGGGAUAGAAAAACAAUAAAAAGUUCCUGAUUAAGGAGGGCACAUUCAGUUUCCUCAUCCCAAUGUACAGUAUAUUGCUUACUGAGUUCAGGGCUGGAUACAAAUAAUACCUAACCAUGUGAGAUGGUUUAAAAUGACUGAAAGCAGGUAAACUUGAUGCAAAAAAAAUCGGCUAAAGGUUUUAUUAGAGCAGUAAAAUUCUUGUUUCAAUUUGCAUUUUUCAAUGACUGCAUUGCAGACAAAUCAAGACUUUUGAGAAGCAAUUUAAAAAUCAAGUUAUGGAUCCUACAAUUAAAAAGGCUGUACAACAAGCUGAAGAAGUUCUGUUACUUUCAAGAGAAGAGAGAAAAGAACUUGUCAAUUGUUUACCUUCUGAUGAGGAAGAUUCAGAGGAAGAUGGUGAUCAAACUAUGCAGUCAGAUGAUGAGAGCCCCAGCAAAGUAACACAGGGUCACAAGAGGAAAAGCAGUAGUGAUAUUGCAAACAAGAACAAUGAUUAUGAUGAUGAUGAAGUGACAGGAAGGAAGGUGCUUAUUUAGUUUCAAAGCACAGAAAUAAAAUACAACCAUUAAUAAAUCACAAUAAAUUAAGACCUUUUCACUGGCAAGGUGUAGUUGAAGUUCAGACUCUGAAAACACAGAUCUAAACACCUCUUACCAUACUGGUUUUGUUAUUGAUUAGCCUUUAUUAACAGAAGUAUAUCCAGAAGCAUAAAGGCCAGGACAUGCUAGGCUGGCAGUGAGUUGCAGGGAAUUAUACCAACUGAAUGCACAGAAUAUUAAGUAAAUUCUUUUAUUGCAUAUUUCAUUACACUCAGCGUAACAACAAGCGUCCCAAACGGAAAGCUGCAAUAAAGCACAACAAAGGAAAGAAAAGAAGAGUGAUAGAAUCUGGGUCUGAGGGAGAUUCAGCUGGUAGGUCUUUAUAUUCAAGAUGGCUAUGUUAUUUUAACUGUUGUGUAUUCUGUGAUUUAUUCAUUUAGAUCAACAAUCUUUGGCACAGCCCUCUUAUAGUACAAUUCUGUGAAAUCUGAACAAUUUAUGAGCAAAUUUCAGGUUCAGUAACUUUGAAACCACUGUAAAAAAUCGAAUUGUUUUUAAUGCUCAAUUCAUUUGAUUCCUUGAAUAUGUGGCAGACCAAUAUUAUCAUAUGAUCAUUAAUGUUUAAAAGCAAAAACAAGCAAACAGACCACAGACCACAGACCACUGCACAAACACUUGAAGAAGAACUCGCAGAUCCUAGCCGUGUACAAAGUUACCACAAACCAUGUGUGCCUGCACUUAUGGGAUUGACCGCUGGAUGCCCGCUAAGCUCGUGGGCCGCUUGACCGCUAAGCUUGUGGACCGCUUGACCGCUUAACUUGUGGACCGCUUAACUGCUAAGCUUGUGAACCACUUGACUGCUAAGUUUGUGAACCGCUUGACCGCUAAGCUUAUGAACCGCUUGACCACUAAGCUUGUGGACCACUUGACCGCUAAGCUCGUGGUGGUUAACUUAGUUAAAUUACAUUUAACCACAAUAACAUAAUUACAUAUGUAUGUUUCACAGAAUGCAUUAUUAUUUGCCAAACAUCAGUUAUCAUUUCCCUAAUUGCAGUUUAAAGCACCCCUUUGUGCAAUAAUUGCAAAACAAAGUGGAAAGUCUAAAAUUAUCUUAGAUUUCCUAUUUUGUUGUCUCCAUUGUCUCAUUUCAUUUUAUUCUACUUUGUGGUGUGACAUUUUUGUUGCUUCUAAUUUUUGCGAGUUUUGCAAUUUUUCCAGCAAUCCACAGAAAUAAGUUUCGGCCAACAUUUUUCCCACAAAAAUUUACUCCAGAAUAAAUAUUCUCUAACCUAAGGUUGCUACACAAAAAUACAGUACUAAGAAUUCUCGUCUGUUCAAUCACAACUUUUCAUUGCACAUACUCAAUAAAAUCAAAAAUUUUAUCAAUAAUAUUUGUCUGGGUACUUUCUGAAAGUCGCAAAAAUUAAUUCCCAGCAAGCAAGAAAAACCAAUCUGUCCUAAUCCCCAGAAUUGGUUCCCGCAAAAUACAAAAAAUCACCAAUCUGGAAAAAUAAACUCCCGCAAAAAUGCCGUGCCACAUGGUAUCUCACUUUGAUUUUUAAACCAACUACAAACCAAUCAGAAUGUCUGCUUUGAACUCUGUAGAUGAGUACAAACCCAAUGAUGAUGAUGAUGAUGAUGAUGAAAGUUGUAGUAGUGGAGUUGACGAAAAUGAGUUAGAGGAUGGUACCCAUUCAGAAGAAGAUAUUGAAGAGGACAAUGAAAAGGUGCAGUUUAGUGACAUGUAACUAAGAAACCUCCAUAUUGUCAUCCGAAAAAAAAAGCACUUUAUUUGAGUGUCAAUGUAUUUAGCACUAAAGCACUAAUUGGGGACACUAUUUUUAAGUCUCCUAUCGGUGAUGGGACUGACUAACUUUUUAUCGCUAUUUUUCGUCACAAAAUGUAUAUCCAAGAAAUUUUUCAUCAAGAUACAAAAAUCUAAUUUUUGUUUCCUUUUUUGACCACUAGCCCUCCCGUAAGCGCAAACGAGGCAGCACAUCUACAGGUCGUCAGCAAAAGACCAAGAAUCACAAGCCAUCCACACCCUGUACACCUCUCACUAGCAAGGCACCAGUAUUCAGUACCCCAUCCCCUUCAUUACUGUCUGGCUCAUUAGCAAACAAGGUGUCAAGUUCGGCCAGUAAAGCUGCAGAAUCUCUGGCAAGAUUCCAGAUGAGUUCGUCUCCAACCCCAAGUUCAAAUGCAAAUAAUGAAGAGGGUGUUGGUACAUAUACUCAUGAAAAAUUGGAUUGGUUAAAGGAGGAGAAGAGGAAGUAAUGGACAGAUUGUUUUAACUCUUUAAGCCCCAGUAUCCACUUACAAAUUCUCCAAACUUAUCUCAAUACAUUUCCUUAAAGAAUUAGAUGAGAGAAUUUAAUAAAAGAUCAAAGUAUUUUCUAUUACAACUCUUUAUUAAGUUUCAAAACCUUUCUCAAGGCUGUGCUCUAAGGAAACUUGAAGGGAGUCCAGCGCCUGAACCUUUAUGGUGUAAUAUCUACUGUGUUCAGCAUAAUUGUAUGUCACCUGAUAGCAAAAGUUGGGUGCCAAGAAUGGCCAGGGUCUGCUAGAGCACUGACCUGUUUUUCUUGAUUAUUUUUUUAAAUUGUUGGAAGAGAAUUGAUGUUUUUAAUUCACUCUUGGGACUUAAAAGGGUUACCAUAAUCCUUUCAUUCCCGACACUGUACAUGUAGGUUGCAUUAUUUUGGAGAUUUUGGUGCGUUUUUUGGUCACUGUCUUUAUUUUGAACAGUUUUCAACUUAAUCUCAUUUUGUACCACUAUUUCAUUUUGUGCUGUAAGCGCCAGCCCCCAUCCCACCCUCUUAGGCAUAUUUGAAGGCACCAAGGCAGCUGCCUCUGUAAAAAAACUUUAAGCCUCCGUGUGCAUACCUUAUAAAUGUACACACUGGUUUUUUGACAUUAAACAAUGUAUGGUUUAGCCUUGGUAUGCACGGCCCUGUUACCCAGUUGCUAUUAUGUACAACUGAAAAAAUUAAUUGUUUCAGCACUUCUUAAGAUUUUCAGUAAUAACAAUGUUCAUUUAUUUUGUAUAUAGAGACAAGCAUGGCAGACCAAUGUCACAUCCUGAUUAUGAUCCACGCCCUUGUAAGUACAACCUAUACAUGAAAAGUUAAUGCAUUUACCAUUAACUCUCCAUAAUACAAACAUUGUGGAGGCUGGCUCUAAGCAUCCUUCCUUAACUUGAGAUGGGCCCAUGUUCUGGUUGAAUAAUUCUUCUUGAGUGAGCAACCGUUACGCUUGCGAGCAAAGCGAGUUUAUAAUUCGCCGCAUACGGGAUCACGCUGAGGAUAACAAGCGUGCCUACAAUUUAACUUUGGUCAUAAAUUUUCUUUCUAUCGGUUUUGGUAUCUGCAGUUCCCUAGCAACAAGCCAUAAACAAAUCCUAAAGACGCCAUUCAGCAUGAUGUCAUCAUGCAUUUUGGGUUUCCAGGCAACAUGGCAACCGACUUGGGCUCAUUUUAUUCAUCUUCUGUUUACUGUACGCUGGCGAAUCGCAAAGUAUUUCUGAGGCAAAUAACAGCGGGCUGCAAACACAACAGUGCCCGAUUCGACAAGUGGCUGGAAAUCCUUGCCGUGGAAGAUUUAACACUGAAAGAGCAGCGACCUGAACUUCAGCGAGAGCAACGAAGAAGAAGAUGAGUGCAUUCAUCGAGCAGCCGUUAUAAAGGCUGAGAGUGAAUAAAACAUGGAAAUAAUACAAAAUAGCUUUGAAAUACUUGUUUGAGCUAUUUUUCCUGAAAUGUAUUUUUGAAUUCAUCAUAAAUACAGCUCCACAAGGUUCAAACAGUGUGAAUGGCAGAGAAAAAUACUUCAAGACUAUAAAUUUCACAUCUCGUCCGGGUGUAGUCACACAUGUGAUGGUCAGACAGCGCACUUUUUUUGCUGGAGGAAGUUGGGUGUAGGUUUAAAUUCGUGCGUGGCUACUUCCAGUUUCUUUUUUUUUUCUUUCAUCAUAUUUUUUACCCUUUGGCUUGUUACUGUUUAUUCUCACUGCUGACCUUGUCAGCUUUUGUGAGAUUUUUGCAAAAAACGUAUUUCUAGUAUCUUGGUAUAAAUAUUUUGUUCAGUGUGUAAAAAGAAAGUCAUGUCCGAUAGCCUAGGGCUACUGCAUUUUACCAUCAACCUAGUGAAUUCUGUUCUGAACUUGCUUGAUGGGCAAGUGAGUACGAGUAAUUAACAUUGCAGAAGAUCUAUAAUCAGUCCGGCUCAUCAAAAAUUUUUCCAAGCUAGUUAAAAGGCCCCCAGGCUAGAACCUGAUGAUAGCUGGAGCUUGCCCAAAUGGCAAGCUUGAGAACUGACAUUCUUUGCACCCUGUUUGUUCUCUGUUUUAAGAUACAUGUAUUUUACUUUAAUGUAAUGUGUUUGGAACCAAGGAUUAUGAAAUAAUUAAUUCAACCAAGGAGAAAAUUGACCCUCAAACAAAUUUGCAGUCAUCAAGUUAUUCAACAAAAGAUCCUUUGUUUAUGUGUAGUUAUUUUUAAGUUGUAUAAAUUAUAGUCACAGCACCCAAUUAAUACUGUUGGCUUUUUCCUCUUUUUAUUAGGUUCCUCCAUCAUUUUUUAUCUUCCAAGAUGCCACACCAGUAAGUCUAAUUGGCUUUACUUUACUUUGCAUAUUUUAACUUGUGGAAUAAUAACUGGGUAUAAGUAACUGCAGAACUCUUUUUUCUGUUUUUUGAUACAUUGUUUUAAUUAUGAUUGUGUUACUUUUUCAGGCAAUGAAACAAUGGUGGCAGUUGAAGAGUGAGAACUUUGAUACAAUCCUAUUCUUUAAGGUUUGUAAACACAGAAAAGUGCAACUGAACACAAUCCUAGAUCUAGUUUUAAUGUUUUGAGUUACAUUGUUGUAUUGACCUGGGGAAAUAGGGUUGAGAACAGCCCCCUGCCGCUGCCACACCCUCAAACAGUUCCUAUUGAGCUUUAGACCUUUUCUUUAAACAGUUUGGUUUUGAUUAAUAUUAUGACCUAAAGCAUCUGGCACUCCACUGCCACUUUUUGUAAUUUUGAGAAUUAAAUGUUAUCAAAAAAAGUAUCUAUUCUAUGUUAAUAUCAUGUAUUUAGCGUCCAGGUUGGCAAAUUCUAUGAACUGUACAACAUGGAUGCCACAGUUGGUGUAAAGGAACUUGCUUAA